AGUCACAUUUCAGGAAAGCUGGGAAGCCCCUGGAGUGAAGGAGGGGAGACAUGGUGUCCACAGCAUGUGAACUUCAAUAAAUACUUUCACUUCUCUUUUCCUCAUUGGGGCGGAGCCUUCUCUGGAUAAAUCGAACUGUCAGCAGACUUUCUACUCAGAGCCUGGGCAGACACCCUGGACCCAGGCCAGGCAGACUGAAGGGAUCAGAAACCAGGAUCUGAGGAUGGCAAGUGGCAGCCGUGACCUGAGCAUCAGGAUGUCCACAGAAGACCAGGACAUAGAGGACAGGCAUAUCAGUAACUGUGUAUUCAGUCACUUCAAAAAACUAAAGGUGGACAUUUCAUAUGCAAUAACAAGGACAUUUCCAUUUCUUGAGCGCCUCCGUGACCAUGGACUCAUCACACACAAACUCUAUGAAGAUUCUCAAGAUUCUCUUAAAAACCUGGUCCCUGUACAAAGAGUGGUGUACAAUGUUCUCAAUGAGCUGGAGAAGACAUUUAACGUAAAAGUCUUGAAUGUAUUGUUCAGCAACAUCAACAAGAAGGAAUACCCUGGUUUAAUUCUCAUCUAUGAAAGCUUCAGAAAUGUGAUCCCAGAUCAAUCAUAUUUACGAGAAAGUGAUGAAGAAGAGAGACUGGAGGGGCCCAGUGGCCAACUAAGCCUUGAACAAGGAACUGGUGAAAACUCUAUUCCAAGCCUGCCUCAGCCACCCUCAGAUGCCUCCGUUUCCACUGGUACAACCCCACCUGAAAAUGGACUCUCAGAGCAAUUCUGGGAAACAGAGCAGGUAAAAAGGAGAAGAAAAGAUGAAACCAGAGACAAAAAUGAUGCAUUAGGAUGCCAAGAAGCAAAUCAGCAACGCGCCCAAGAGCCUGAGCCAGCAGGAGCAGAGCUAUCCAGCCAAGAAAUCCAAAUUAAGCCCUGUGUCGUGAAUCUGGUGGAUAUAAAGAAGGAAAACAGAUUUUUUAACUCACAUGUUGAGCAACAAGCCCAAGCAAGAACUAACCAUAAACAAGAGUCUGACAUAAUAGAAAUCAGCAGUGAGGACUCUGAAGAAUCCAAUGAUGAGGACAAGCACUCAGCAAUGGAAAAUAAACCUGUGAUCAGUAACUAUGACUCUGCAGAAUCAAGCGAGGGAGAGGACAUCCAAGAAGCCACUUGCUCACGAUCCCAGACUGCACCAGUUUCAAGAUUUCCCAGAGAUGAAAAUAUGAAUUUUCAACUUCCUGAACUUCCUGUGACUUGUGGUAAGCUGAAGGGGACUCUACAUAAGGAGAAAUUGAAACAAGGAAGCUCCCAAAAAAGUAUUCAGACUGAGGAUGGAAAGUGGCUCACCCCCAGGGAAUUUGAAAUUAAAGGAGGCUACGAAGCAUCCAAGAAAUGGAAGCAAAGUAUACGCUGUGGUGGACAUACUUUGCAAGAACUGAUAAAGAGGGGAGUCCUACCAAACCCACCAAAAACAAAAAGAAAGGGUCCUUUCACAGAAGAUAAAGAAAGUAGUGAGGAAGAGCCCAAAGAGGAUGAGAAUGAUAGAGACAAGACCCUUGAAGAUGAGUUUUCAAAUGAUGAUGUAGAGGUGGGAGUCCUGCUAAAACAACGAAGAAGAAGAAGAAAGGGUCCUAUCAUAGAAGAUGAAGAAAGUAGUGAGGAAGAGCCCAAAGAGGAUGAGAAUGAUAGAGACAAGACCCUUGAAGAUGAGCUUUCUGGGCAAAGAGGUGUAGAGGUGGAAGUCCUACCAAACCGACGAAAAACAAAAAGAAAGGGUCCUAUCAUAGAAGAUGAAGAAAGUAGUGAGGAAGAGCCCAAAGAGGAUGAGAAUGAUAGAGACAAGACCCUUGAAGAUGAGCUUUCUGGGCAAAGAGGUGUAGAGGUGGAAGUCCUACCAAACCGACGAAAAACAAAAAGAAAGGGUCCUAUCAUAGAAGAUGAAGAAAGUAGUGAGGAAGAGCCCAAAGAGGAUGAGAAUGAUAGAGACAAGACCCUUGAAGAUGAGCUUUCUGGGCAAAGAGGUGUAGAGGUGGAAGUCCUACCAAACCGACGAAAAACAAAAAGAAAGGGUCCUAUUAUAGAAGAUGAAGAAAGUAGUGAGGAAGAGCCCAAACAGGAUGAGGAUGAUAGAAACACCUUUGAAGAUGAGUUUCCAAAUGAUGAUGCAGAGCCGAAAAACUCCAACAUAUGUGAGGUAUGCAGAAAAUGGGGAGACCUGUUCUGCUGUGACACCUGUCCAAGAUCCUUUCAUGAGAACUGCCACAUCCCACCAGUGGAAUGUGAGAGGAAUCCAUGGAGUUGCAUCUUCUGUGAGAUACAGGCUAUCCAAGAAAGAUGCCGGGAAAGCCCACCAUGUCAUCAGGAAUCUGAGGUCCUGGUGAAACAGAUGCUGCCUGAGGAACAGUUGAAAUGUGAGUUUGUCCUCUUGAAGGUCUACUGUGAUCCAAAAAGCUCCUUUUUUGCGGGGAAACCAUAUUAUAGCAGAUAUGGGUCUCAGGGUCCAGAAAAACCCAUGUGGUUAAACAAAGUCAAGGAAAGCCUGAACAAGAAGAUGUACCCCCAAGUGAAAGGGUUUGUGGAGGACAUGCGCCUCAUCUUUCAGAACCACAAGGAACUUUAUGAGAAAAAUAAUUUCAUCAGACUUGGAUUUCAAAUAGAGAACAACUUCGAGAGGAAUUUCAAAAACACUUUCUCAAUUCAGGAAACAAGCAAGAAUAAUUCUUGAUUUGAGCCUAUUUUCACUUCCUCCCUUUGGAUCUUGCAGCAGCCAAGGACAUAAUGUGUCCCACUAAUCCCUGCAUAUUCCUCUGCAAACAUCAUUAUCACUCUGCAAAUUCUCUUUUUGAAUAGUUUGGAGAGAAAGUUACAAAGUCUUUCUGUAAAGGAUGAUAUUAUAUCCUUCCAUUUAUUCAAACCUUGUAUUAGGUUCUUCAGUAAUGUUUACUCUUCCCCUUCCCACGUAGGAUCUUGUUUCUGUGUUUUUGGGUUUUUUUUACUUUUCAAAACUUGUGGUUAUCACUGUGAAAAUGAUCCUUUUCCUAUUAAACUGUACUGCUGAUUAUUGCCUGUUGUAGAAGACUACUGUUAUUUGUAUAUUUUUAGUCACUGAUUACUUAACCAAUACCAGAUAGUAUUUUUUUUUAUUUUUGGCUUUUGACCCUGUGGUAUCAGGAAGCCUGUGGUGGGCGUGUAGCAUCUACAACUUCAAAUUCAUGGAACUGUGAUUGGUGCAGCUGAUGGAGGUAUUCCUUGCCUGGCAUACCUCUGACAGUUCUUGGUUCUAGUGGGGAAUGGCUCUGCCAGAGCGUCCUGAUGUACUUGUAUGUUAUCUUCUUAUCUGGAGCACCUAUAACAAAGAUAGAAUAACA